AUGCAAACUGCACAAACAGACUUUAUUCAAAGAAUAAAUGAAUUAGAACAGCUUGUUUUAAAAAUAUUAAAUAUACCAACAAAAGAAUUAGCUAUUCUAAAAUGUUGUGAUGAAAAUAUUGAUAAAGAUGUUAUUAAUUUCUUAAAAAGUUAUUUCUCAUUUAAUAGUGCUGAUAUUCUUUCAUGUAAAACAUCAAUUGAAAAUAAUAAGUUUCCUUCUUGUAUUAAUACUUCUUCAUUAAAUAAAACAACUCUUUCUUAUUUACAAAAACUUGGACUAAAACAAAUUAAAUGUACAGAAGAAGAAUAUAACUCUUUUUCACCUCAAACUCUUUCUUUAAUUAAAUCUUAUAUGGGUGUUAAUUUAAUUGAUUCAAAUCCAAAUAUACAAAAACAAAUUAAUGAAACCACAUAUAUCCCUCCUUCAUUAAGAAAACAACAAGAAGAUAAUUCUAUUUGUUCUCAAUAUACUGUUCCACCUAAAAUAAAACAUAUUCAACAACCAGGACCUGUUACUAAUUAUAAUUUUGAAAUUGAAACUAUAUUAAAAAUUACUCAAGCAAAAUCAGCUAAUGUAAUUUAUAGAAUAGAUGCAACUAGUGGUUCUUUUGUUGGGUUAUUAAAUGUUUUUAAAUCUUGUAAGAAAGGAGUAUUGUUAUUUAGACUAACUAUUAACAAUAAACCAACUUCAUUUGCUACUUAUCAUGAUAUUUUUCCAACUCAAAUGGGUGUAGCUAUUUCUGAUGGCUCAGAAUAUGUUUUUUCAAUAGUUAAUGAUCCAUUUAUUCCUCAUCCUUAUUAUAUUAAACCAUUUAAUAAAACUAUGAUGAUUAAAGAAGAUAGAAUUGCUAUAUUCUCAAUUGGAACAUUUAUUAAGAAAAACCAUUCUAUUCGUUAUAAUGGUAAAAUGUCUGACCUUUUUGAUGUUCCAAAAACUAUUUCAUUAAAUGCUAUUAUUCCUUAUAACCAAGAAACAACUACAGCUAUACAAAAUGGUUGGUCAUCUAUUUCAGUUAUUGAAUUAAAAUAA